AUGGCGCGCACGUGGAAGGACAACUUCGUCUACGACGUCUUCCUCUGGCUCUGGACCAUUGUCAUCGACCUCUUCUUCCGCGAGAUCCACCCUCGAACCUCUUACCGCAUCCCCAAGAACGACCCUGUCAUCUUCGUCGCUGCACCGCACGCCAACCAGUUCGUCGACCCGCUCAUACUCGGCGGGACGGUACGGCAUGACGCGAAAAGAAGAAUCAGCUUCCUCAUCGCGGAGAAGAGUCUACGACGGAAGUUCGUGGGCUUCGCGUCGCGCUUAGUGGGAAGCGUGGGAGUAGGGCGGGCGUUGGAUCUGAAGAAGCCUGCAAAGGGAAAGAUAUGGCUGCCGGACCCGGAGGAAGAUGCGACGCUGAUUAAGGGCAAAGGGACGGAAUUUACGGAUAGCAAGCAGUUCAUGAAGGGCGGGCUACUUGUUCUGCCGAGUGUGAACAACGAAGCGGCCAAUACCGAGAUACAGGAGGUUAUAUCAGACGAAGAGAUUCGGCUGAAGAAGCCUUUCAAAGGAGAUGUCGCGUAUAAGCAGCUGACUGGGCAGAGCCUGGAAGAAAGCAACGGCCAGCUUUCGAAUGGUGACUCCAAGAAAGAAGAAUUUGAUGGCAUAAAAUUCAGCGUCGCUCCGCACGUAGACCAGAGCAAAGUCUACGAAGCUGUCUUUAAUCGUCUGAAAGAGGGCGGCUGCAUUGGCAUCUUCCCAGAAGGCGGCAGCCAUGACCGGACCGAACUGCUCCCUCUCAAGGCCGGCGUGGCCAUCAUGGCGCUGGGCGCCCUGGCAGAGAACCCCGAUUGCGGCGUCAAGAUUGUGCCUGUGGGCAUGAACUACUUUCAUCCUCACAAGUUCCGCUCGCGGUGUGUCAUUGAGUUCGGCAAGCCGAUUACUGUACCUCUGGAGCUGGUUGAGCAAUACAAAGGCGACGGCAGAAGGGCAGCCAUACAGUCUCUCCUUGACACCGUGACCAAUGGCCUAAAGACUGUGACAACAUUGGCACCCGACUACGACACGCUCAUGCUGAUCCAAGCAGUACGACGUCUCUACAACCCCAAGGGCAAGAACUUACCACUCAGCAUGACCGUAGAGCUUAAUCGCCGACUCAUCAAGGGUUACAACACAUACAAGGACGACCCACGUGUCGUCUCGCUCCGAACAGACGUCCUGGACUACAACCGGCAGCUCUUCCAUCUGGGUAUCCGUGACCAUCAAGUCGGGUAUGCCAAGCACUCUUGGUAUAAGGUCAUCUUCCUGCUCUUAUGGCGGACCUUCAAGCUCGCUUGUUUGAGCUUGGCAGUCUUACCGGGCACAGUACUCUUUGCUCCGAUCUUCGUCAUUGGCAAAUUGAUAUCCAUCAAGAAGUCGAGGGAAGCGUUGGCCGCCUCUACAGUCAAGAUCCGUGCUCGCGAUGUCAUCGCCACCUGGAAGAUCCUCGUCGCGCUCGCCUUGACACCGAUCCUAGACGUCACGUACACCUGCCUCCUCACCUGGUGGUGCUACUACAAUCGCGUCGGAGUUCGCGUCUCGGAAUCGCUGCCGCUCACACUAAUCACGAUCGGCGGCCUUUUCUUCUUCCCAGCAACGUGCUUCAUGGCCCUCCGCUUCGGUGAGGUCGGCAUGGACAUCUUCAAAUCCCUGCGACCCCUCUUCCUCUCCAUCAGCCCAUCGUCUAGCAAUAUCCUCGUCAGGAUGGCUGAGCGCCGCGAGAACCUCAGCCGUCGCAUCUCCGAUCUCGUUAAUGAGCUUGGCCCAGAACUCUUUCCCGACUUCGAACGAGAGCGUCUUGUCCACGAUCGCGAACAAGCACGCACGCCACCACCGGAGAUCUCACGACCGUCAACACCUACAAGUCCACUCGGCAGGGAAGACGGCAACGAGAUCGAUUCGCUCACAUUCACACCCGCUACCCCACCUUCUUACCGCAACCAAAGGUCUCCAGAAGGCAACCUCCCUCGAAAUGAAAGCUUCAAGAACAUUGGCAGCAUCGGCCUCUUCGCCUCUCGCCCGCCGACUCCGAACCGCAGCCGUAGUAGAGCUAGCUCCGGUUCAUGGUCGUCUCCUCUUAAUGCUGGUACUGGCUUUGGUGGGAAGUUGAAGCGACUGACAUCGCUUAAAUCGAACGCGAAGAAACCUCCUACCACUAAAGACAGCAAGGAUGACGAAGGUGUGAAGAAGACUGGCACAGCGGAUCUAGAAGAGGUGAGCAGGAAUCUCCACGCCGCGAUGCGCGAGCGAGGUAGGAGAAGGAAGAGCGAGAGCGGGAGUGAAGGGUGGGUGGAGUUCGAACGGAGUGAUGAUGGCGGGAUCACGCCGAUGAGCGAGAUGGAUGGCGAUGAGGUGGAAGAGGAUAAGAAGGGGGUGUGA